ACUAAAAUGUAAACAACCAACCCGUCUAUUUAGUGCAAACCAAUUCAACGCGCGGGCCGGGGGUCGAGCUAAAUCGAGUGCACCCACACAUUUGGGGUGUCACGUGACAGUGUUUAAUUUUCUGAACUUUAUGUUGGGUUCAAACAUUCAAAUCACGCUCAUCGAUGUUCCAGGUUUAGGAUGUUCUCAGGCAUGUUCACACAUUACAUCAAGCCCGCGCUGUCCAUGCAGCAGGUGGCAAAUAUUUUUGGGUUGCUUGGAUACCAUGCUUCAGAGGUCAGACGGUGUGAAGCGCUUAGGCUGCGUUCCCCAGCCCUUCCAGUGGACAUCCUCCUCCACCUGUCCUGUGCUUUCUUCGCUGCAUGCUGUGAGUGCCUCGUCCUGCAGUCUGCCAUAGAGCCCCAGGCCAGAGGGGUGGAGUGGGAGCUCAACCUGGUACAGGAGAGACAGCAAGGUCACAGCCUGCAGAUAGCGCUGGAUAACACCAAGAGAAGGUUAGAGACCAUACCACUGGAAGAUGACAUUCUGGACUUGGAUCUGUACACAGCAGAGGAGUUUCAUGUGUAUAAAGAAGUUGGGUUUGACAGACAUCCUCUCUGUUCACCAAUCGGGGAGGCCCGCGGCAACACAUCCCCAUCCAUUACAAGGGACAGCAAUGGGGUUUCCUCUCAAAGCGAGAAUGUCUGUGUCUCCACACUGAGCUGCCAGUUAGUGCCAACCAGAAACGCCAGCAAGCAAAGUCCAAAUAAAGAGUUGGCCAAAUCAGUGUGGAUAGUGUGGAUUCACACUCGCUGUCUGCACAAGCAUCCAGGGGACAGUCAGAUCUGCAGCUGCAUGAAGUCCUACUCUAGUCUAGGCGUAUCUGUCCAACAUUGCAAGAAUUGCAAUACCUUUCAUAGCGUGAGCUGUCCCCUUCUGGAUAUGUGCAAAGAAGAGGGCCAUAAAGUAAAACAUAGUGAUGGUGACAGUCCUACAGGAGCAGAGCGAGAGCAGUGGAUUAUUACCAAGGCAAGGAAGCCCUAGAGAUGGAGGUGUGUCUCCACCUCACAAGGAUCCACUUGAUGCAUUUGAAGCAAGAAGCCCUACCCCUCUGCCCAUUUCCAAAUCCAGAUCCUUAGGUUUCCUGCCUCACCUGCAGAGUCUUCCACACUAAUGCCUGCAAAGAGGUGGAGAUGUGUUAGGGAAACCAUGUGAUCCUUCAAUUGGGUGUCUGCACAAGUAGGCCAGGGUGCAAAAGAGUCCCUUUAAUCCUGUGUAGGUACUGCAGUGCUGAGUACUGCAAGGACUGUUGGUAUAGAACACCCCUUAAUUGUGCUUGUGGCCAACAUUUUCACUGGUCAUCCUCAGUUUAAAUUUAGAAAUCAUUUUAAAGGCACUUGAUGUACAUUGGGAAAAGCACUGAUUUAAAACAAUGCCUAAAAGGCUCCUUAGAAUCAAUAUCCCGUCAUUAAAAAAAUAUGCACGCAUGUCUGUAAGUCGCUUUGGAUAAAAGCAUCUGCUAAAUGGCAUAUUAUAUUAUUAUAAAAAUAAAUGGCAAUCACUUACAGUACCUUCCAAAAAUAUUCACACCCCUUGACUCUUUCCACAUUUUGUUGUUACAAAGUGGGAUUCAAAUUGA